AUGGCGGACCUGUUUGGUGAUGAAAAUGGUCUCUAUAUUAAUUCUUUAACAUCAUCAGGUGAAAAUAUAGUCCAUCUAUUAGCUCAAUUUUAUAUGGAUUAUUUCUAUAUAGAUUUUAGUUUUUUGUUUUAUUAUAAAUUAGAUUUUAAUCUUAUAAAUAAUGAUGGUAAUUCACCGUUAAUGGUGGCCUCACUUUUGAAUAAUUUUCAAUUUGUAGCUACUUUAGCCUGUGACGUCAAUAGACAAAACAAUCAGGGUCAUACAGCACUUCACCUUAGUGUCAUCGGGUUUACUUUGAUAAAAGAAAAAUUAAAUAUGAUGAAAGUCAAUUCAAUAAUGAAAGAGUUAUGUGCCUUUGAAUACUAUCCCAGAUAUCUUAAAUGUAUUGAUAUUUUACUCAAUCUUGGUGCAGACGUCAAUAUACAAGAUAAAGGCGGGAAAACAGUUUUAAUGUUGGCUUGUAUGAAAAAUGAUAGGAAAUUGGUAGAAAAACUAUUAAUACAUGGAGCUGAGGUGAAUAUUGUAGAUUACCAUGGUCGAUCUGCUCUACAAUACAUAGAUUUACCAAACAAUGUUUAUGAUUUAACAUGUUUUAAUUUACUUCUAUCUCAUGGUAGUAAACAAUUUUUUAAUCAGCCAUGUAUUAAUGGUAACACUAUUAUUCAAAAUGUACUCCAAUUCUCACCAUUAUGGCAAAUUGAUCAAACAGUCAAUAUCAUCAAAUUUCUUGUUUAUAAAAAUGUCAACCUUCAACUUUUAACCUCCGCUGAUGGAGAAAUCUCCUAUGGUCAGUUAUCUCUGGAGGAAUUUUCUUCACAAUCUAGGCAUGAAUUAAGGCAAAUUCUGUAUUUAAGUGGUGGUUCAUUUAUACAAAUUACACAAAUAUUACAUUUUGAAGAAGAAGAAAAUUAUGAAGCAUCAUUGCCAGAAACUUUAAGAGAAAAACCGAGAGAAAAAUUCUAUCUUUUCGCCAACAGUCUGAGCCUUAAAGAAAUUUGUAGACGAUUUAUCAGACAAAAUACAGGUCUAACAAUUCAUGAUCGAAUUUCAGAACUUCUGAAUUUUCCAACCCUGACUGAUUUUCUGAUGUUUAAAGAUUUUGAUUCUAAACGAUUUUCACUGCCUGUUCAGUUAGAGUCUUUUAUUGAUAAUGAUGAUGAUGAUUAUGAUUCCUAUGAUUUAAAUAAGGAGAAUGAUGAUUAUGAGAAUGAUUAUUUGGUGUAUAAUGAUUGUAAAUAUUUAAAUGAGGUACAAGCAGGUUUAAAAUACCGUGAUUCAAAAUCAUUUUCAUUUCACAAUUAUUGA